AUGGCUAAUUAUCUCCUCGGCAUUGUGAAGCCGAUCUCGGACACCUCACCUGCAGAUGCAAGUGAGCAGCAACGUCCAGCUCCCACAACAGCUGCUGAGGCACGUCAACAAGCAACCGAGAAUCGUCGCCAGGGUCGUGAUGAAGCACGUGCCGCCAUGGGUCACGGCACUACUUCAUGUGCACAUGGGCGUGGUGCGGGAGAUGCCAGCGCGGCGGGAGCCACACCGGCCGAACCAGAGCCACCGACUGAAAGCACUGCUGAUCCUAUGGCUCAGCCGACCGAGUCCCUUGCCACCAACUCGCCGCCAGCUCGUCCGUCUGGAUCAACGCCUGCAAAUGCACAACCUUUCGAUUAUGCACGCAUCCGGAGACGUGUAAGGACAGGUUACAUCCCCAGCUCCAUCCGUAUGGACCUGCCACGUGCAACUGGAUCGAACGGAAACCCGGCUAAGGAUGCAGAGGAACCCAACAGAGGAAGCACCUGCCAUGCAUUGGUCCUGGUCUCUUUGGAUCACCCGUGGCCAGAUGUUGGCAGUGCCAACCCCGGGGUUAACACAGCGGCCGAUGCUAAAGAGGACGAUGAGGAGGAUGCAGAUGCAGAGGAGGCAGAUGCAGAGGAGGCAGAUGUAGAGGAGGCAGAUGCAGAGGAUGCGGAAGCACGUGCCACAGGAGAGGGGGUGCAUGCAGAGGUUGGCGUGGACAACGAUGACAACACUCCAGAGUCCGGUGUCGCAGAUGGGGACCACUCCACACACGUGCGGACUGGUUUUAGGCAGAAAAAGCGUGGUACAAGGAAGAAGUUGGGCAUCAACCUUGUCCACUGGACUCGCCUUAAGGCCCCUACUCGACGCUUCGGGAUCUUCACCAGCAACGCAGCUGAGCAGGUCAACAGCUCCAUCGUGCCCAAUCGGCGCUUGCCGGUGACCCCGAUGCUAGGGGGUCUCAUGGACUGGUAUCGCAAUAGGUAUUGUGAAUGUAAGAUGGCGGCGCUCGAGCGAACCGAUCUCCUGACAGAGGCAGCCGAGGAGCGGAUGGUGGAGAAGGAGACACGGGCGGAGGGGUACGAGCUGUUGGGCGGGGACCAUGAAGAAGGAACCAUCCAGACCGGGGACACCGAUGAUCCCAAAGAAUGGAGGUCCUUCAACGCGUGUGCGAUGCUCCGCCCUUUCGCCGCACCGCUGCCGGCCGCCCCCCGAGCUACGCUCGCGUAG